AUGCAGGGCAGUGGCGGCCAGGUGCCAUCCGAUUACAGCACUUCGAAUGUUCUCCAGGCUCUCGAAUUAAUCCACACCCCUACUACCAAGAACGAAACUCGGAAAGAGGCCUCGAAAUACCUCGAUGGCCUGAGAUCAAGUGAGCAUGCCUUGCAACGCGGCUUGGAGCUGGCGGCAGAGCAGUCGCAGCAACCACUUGUCCGACACUUCGGCUUGUCCUUGCUGGAAUAUGCGGUCAAACACCAGUCGCACGAAUUCGAUGAUGCCCGAAACGACCAACUACGAGCAUGUAUAAUUGAUCUUGGCCGGAACAUCAGCAACGACGACCCGGUGUUCAUUCGAAACAAGAUCUCAGAACUAUGGGUCGAAUUGGCGAAGAGAAGCUGGGCACUGGACUGGCACGAUCUGGACUUCUUACUAUGCGAGUUCUGGGAGCAAACGUAUAUCUACAAAAGCUUUGUUUUGGCGGUCUUAGAGAACCUCUCGGAGGACUUGUUUGUACGCGAGGAUCCUACCGCCGUUCUACGAGGAAGUGAUCUCAAUACGGCACUGGUCGAGAUCUACACUCCCCGAUCGAGCUACGAUGGCGGCAUCAGGAUAGGGAAUACUGUACAUCACAUGCGACAUGGCGAUGAAGGCUGGCUGGUACGCAUAACCAAGUUCCUUGAAUCAUCUCUAGGCAAAACGACACACGAGGCCGAAGAGAAGAUCACGAUAUCGAAAGCCAUAAUGACGCUUCGAUCUGCCUUCGGCUGGAUAAUGGCUUCUGCUAUCGAAGAAGCAGGCUGUCUUCUGGUGGUCUGCAACUGUCUCGUCAAGAACGAUGAAGACAUCAUCAUGGCGGCCGUCGAUGCUCUAAUCGCCUUGUAUAAUCGACAGUCGCUUCAAGACGGGGAGAUUCGUAGUCUCGUCUACCCUCUGUGCCAGCCAGGAAGCGUCAGCAUACUGCGCCAAGUCUACGAGUGGUCAGUCGUUGGAUUCGAAGAGGUCAUCAGCCAACAAUAUGCAAUUUCGAAGAAAAUGGCAGAGCUGAUAUCGCUAUUGUCGGACCUGUUGACGAAGAUUGCACCACCCGAAAUGUCCAGCUUGGACGUCUCGUCGUUCUUGGACUUCCUGAUAAGCAUUGCUAAACACGACAGUCUGAUAGUGUCGAUCGCAGCCAUGCAUUCUUGGGAUAGACUGCUCAGUAUGAAGUCUUGGCGGCGAACAGAUGUUGUCUCGAACUGCGUACCGGCUUUGCUCGACGUCGUUCUCCCGCGGCUGAUCCAGUAUGAUCAGAUGCCGGACGAUACCGAAGAGCCUGCUGUGCUCUUUGUGACGGAAGAAAUCGAGAUUUUCCCCGAGCGUCAAGGAUUCUUCCUGAACUACCGAAGAUUGUGUGGAUCCAUCAUCGAAUGGAUCUGCUAUGUUCAUCUUGAGCAAGCCGUUGACUUCAUCCUUACACAGCUGAACAACAACAUGAGCUCCAUAAAACAAGCAGAUGCUGGACUAGAUUUCUCCACCUACAAGAGGAUCACUCCGCUCCAACUUCGAGCCGAGUCUCAGUGCUCCAUCGCAGAAGCUAUGCUGAGAGGCCUGGACAGAUAUAUGUCGGGACACAGCACCGCUGCAGAAGAGCAUCGUGCCACUGGCGAGCGUGGUUUGGAUAAAUGCCGAACAUGGCUGCUGUCCGUGCUCUUGGAGCUCCGGUUCAAUGAUCCCUCAGUUACACAACGACAGAUCAAGUUGGCUGUAGAAGUGUCGAACAAAGCUCUACAAAGCGACAAGGCCUUCGCUCUUGGCGUAAUGGAGCUCAUAUUGAGUGCUUUCACGCCCACUCGUCCAGAGUUUCCGGCCUAUUCGGAUGCUGUAGUGGACUUGUAUGGCUUCAGUAUUCAAGAGCUUCGGCGUCUUGUUGUGAGCCAUACAGAAUACUUCGCGACGUUUUACGACCAACUAAGCAGCAAGUUCGGCGAGCUCGUCGGCAGGAUACAAUUCGAGCCACGGAUCCGGACCGACAUGAAUUCGAUAUUGUUCUUGAUUGUUCAACGCACACCUUCAGCUGACAUUGAACAGCAGCGAGAUCGGCUUUGGAGUUUUCUAGAGCCAGUGUUUGCGGCAUGGAACAGUACAGCAACUCAGAACGCAGUAUCAUCGUUCGAGCAUUAUUGUCAUUCGCAAGGCUUUGAUCAAAUCGGGUCAUUCCUGUCAGCUGCUAAUGCCGCACAUAUUGAGGACUGGACUACCGUUUCCACGAGUCAGGAAGGCCAGAGAUUGCAGCAGGAGAUGGGUGACGCCUUUGCUAGCCUGCCACUCCGGGAGACAAGGGUGCUUCUAAGCGCUUCAACUGAUCGACUGGAGCAGAAUUCUGUCACGCAUAGGAUCAUCGGCGAUCUCUGGACCCCAUUGAUUUCACAGAUCCUGCAUGGUGUGCUUCAGAUUAUGAGCUUCAAUCAUAGAUUACACGACCCAUCAGCGUGGCCGAACAUGCCGCCUGAUCUGGGACCAGUGGUACGACGGUUGAUGCGUGAUCGCUACUGGCAGUCUGGCAUCUCAGAGGGCUCCAUGAACGAGUUUCACUCCAAGGUCAAGAACACGAAAACGACUUUGGAGGGCUUUGCAUCGUCGGUCAGGGGCAAGGUGCGGACUAAUCUAGAGCAAUGCUAUAGCAUUGUGCACACGUUAGGCAGGCUCGGUGAACGGUUCUACAGCAUGCCACAGAUCCCCGAAAGCAUCGCCGAAGCUAUGCUAUCAACAACUGGACCUCUCAGUCCACACCACUUUUCGACACUGUUGCUGAUGCUGCCAAAGCUUAUUGAGGAGUGCCCACCAGAAAAUCGCCAGCAUUUCCUUACUCCAAUCCUUGCGUCGCUCCUCCACCAAAUCACCUCGAAGCUCUCAAGCGAAUGGGACAAGAUCGAUCAUCGCAAACAAAAUGCACAAGAGGGGGAGAACCUCAACGACGAGAUGCGUGAAGACUCGGUGCUGCGUCAGACAACCUACAAGGCCGUCAACAUGGUCUCACUAUGGCUCAGCCCACGCAGGGAGCUGCAGCUGAGCGUCAAGAAGUCCAUCGACACCAAGGCCACUCAGACCAUGAUCAUCACCGCACAGCGACUGGUCGCCGCCUUCGCCACCGACUACCCUCUCCCCAUUGAGACCACCGCGCCGGUACGUGAAUAUAUCUCCGAGGAAAUGCUUAAAGCCGCCAUCACGGCCGUCAACGACGGCUACUUUGCGGACUAUCAGCAAUACUACGCCCAACUGGUUGCCAUGAUAUGGCUCUCAUACGGCCUGCCAAGCCAUAUUCCCGCCGCCAAUGGCCAGCCAGCAUACGAACGCCCCGCACUCACACAGACGCCGCGAAAUGUGCUGAUGAGCCUGCCCAACAUGUCCGAGGAGAAGGUCGACGCUGUUGCGGCGGCACUGGUCAAGGAAGGCCUGAAUGCGAAGCCGAGGAAGCUCAGAUCAAUCGUGAUGCACUUACUAGAAGGGGUCAGGGGCGUGAGGAUCAGUGACCUGGGAAAGAUCGAUACAAGAGCCCAGCAAAGUAGGAUUCUGGAAAAGUAUAAGCAGCGGGAGAGUCUGAGCAUGCAGGGCGUGGAGGAGCGGGCUAGGGAUGAUGGGGGCGGGGUGGAUUUGGGAGGCGUUGCGGAUAUGUUUGGCGCAGCCUAG